AAAGCUUCCAACCGACAGUUUGAACAGUUUUGCCUCUUGUCAAUCAUUGUCAUCACGCUUCCUCCCACGCACACAUCAAUCGAAAUGGCCCGUCAACGUCGCUCUGCUGCCCCGUCCCGUCCAUCGGCUCAGCAUACCCAGACACGCCCCGCAACCACUGCGGCACACGCUCCAGCAGCUCAUCCCCCUGCGCCCGCAGCUCCUGCUCCCCCUGCCCACGUUCCUUCCGCUGCACCUCAGCAGCCGGGUAUUUUCGCCCAGAUGGCUUCGACAGCUGCUGGCGUAGCUGUUGGUAGUGCGGUUGGGCACACUAUUGGAGCUGGAUUGACCGGAAUGUUUGGUGGCGGUUCCUCAGCUCCAGCCCCUGCCGAGCAGGCACCUCCUCAGCAACACGUGCAAUCCCAGCAUUUCGCUCAGAACCAGACGGCGUUCGCCGCCUGUGAACCUGACCAGAAGGCAUUCCUCCGGUGUUUGGAUCAGAACUCAAAUGAUAUUAAUGCCUGCCAAUUCUACCUUGAUAUGUUGAAGCAGUGCCAGGCUGCCUCUCGACAGACUCUGGCCUAGGUGGUGUCCGGAUAUGGAGACAAUCUGUGUGGCAAAUUCAUAGAAGGUCGCUGGGCCGAAUAAUAUAUAAAGGGGUUUUCUGCUUUCUACUGCUCACACAUGAUAUUCAGUCGUUUUAUUCCUUCCAUCCUGCGACCUUGUCAUGUUUCUGUAAUCUCAGAAAACCUGCAUCCACUGGGAAGGGUACACGUUCCUGAGCACUGCACUUAUUAAAGAGGUUUCAAUGGUUUUGUCCCGAGCGAUGAGAAUUGAAAAUUGGAAAGUUCGUUAAGAUGACUUGUUAAAUAUUCACAAUAAACACAACUUUGUUCACUUCAUAUGCAAUCGGC